AUGAAAGUGAAACGAACCGAAUUUCGUCCUCCUCCACAAGUAGAUUCUGCGGUUGUUCGAAUCGCUCCCCGAAAUCCACCACCACCGCUUAACUUUGAUGAAUGGGAGGGCAUGUUACGCUUAUGUUUUAUGCGAAAGAACAAGACGAUUCUCUCCAUUGUGCGCCUUUCGAAUGUAAACGACUUGCUUGAGGAGAACUAUCGAAGAGUUUGCCGGAUGAAAAAUAAAGAUAUUCCGGAGGAUCUCAACUUCACCGAAUUGAUCGAGAAGGCGCUCACCGAAUCAGGUUUUGCGGAGAAACGAGCUCGAUCGAUGAAAAUUGACGAGUUUCUUCAAUUGCUCAUCAUUUUCAAUAGAAUCGGUGUACAUUUUCACGUU